CAAGCAAUGAACGCAAAAAAAGCCCCCGGAUCCGAUGGCUUCACUGCCGAUAUCUGUGGCGCAGCCAUUCAGUGCGAUAGGGAGGUGUUCAUGGCGAUAGCCAAUAAGUGCUUAUCGUUUAAACAUUUCCCAUCCCAAUGGAAAACGGCCCACGUGGUUAUCUUGCGGAAAGCUGGCAAAGAGGACUAUACACACCCAAAAUCCUACAGACCAAUAGGGUUACUCUCAGUUCUCGGAAAAAUUGUUGAAAAACUAAUGGUCAGUCGCCUCCAGUGGCAUAUCUUCCCGACGCUUAACAUAAAACAGUACGGCUUCAUGCCUCAGAGAGGAACCGAGGACGCCCUCUAUGACCUCGUAGAACACCUAAGAGAGGGAAUAAACAGUAAAAACAUCGUCAUUCUCAUCUCCCUGGACAUAGAGGGUGCUUUCGACAACGCAUGGUGGCCCGCUUUAAAACAUCAACUGACAAAGAAAAGGUGCCCACGAAAUCUGUACGAGAUGGUAUGCUCUUAUCUCAGUGACCGAAAAAUCAAGGUCAAUUACGCUCGUGCAGCAUGUGAGAAGGGAACCACUAAAGGAUGUGUCCAAGGCUCCAUAGGAGGACCGACGUUCUGGAACAUCAUACUCGACUCACUGCUACACAAACUAGAGGCUGAGGGAGUGUAUUGCCAAGCUUUCGCAGAUGAUGUGGCCCUUGUCUUCACAGGUCAAGCAGUAAACACCCUAGAGGAGUCAGCGAACAAAGUACUAAAUGGAAUAGUGGAAUGGGGAACUCGGAACAAACUCAACUUCGCACCGCAUAAGACCAACGCGAUGCUACUAACAAAGAAGAUGAAGUACGAUCUACCCCAACUAUCCAUGGCUGGCACAAAAAUUAAUCUCGUAGAGGAAAUAAAACUGCUGGGCCUCAUCAUAGACCGCAGGUUAACUUUUAAAGCUCAUAUUACCGCUCAGUGUAAAAAGGCAGCGGAUAUUUACAAACAGCUAGCGCGAGCGGCGAAAGUAACCUGGGGACUUAACGGUGAAAUUGUGAGGACAAUAUACAUCGCAGUAGUGGAGCCCAUCAUGACAUACGCCGCAAGCGUCUGGUCGGAAGCCGUUGAACUGGAAAUGAACAAAAAACAACUGUUCUCGCUGCAAAGAGGUUUCGCGCAGAAAAUAUGCAAAGCCUACCGAACAGUGUCGCUCACAUCUGCACUGGCACUAUCGGGAUUGCUGCCUCUCGAUCUCAGAAUACAGGAGGCAGCAAAUCUGUACAAAUCCAAAAAACUUUUGUCAACCGACUACCUCCCGCCAGGCAAAGAGCUCGAACGGAAAGUAGGGUACCUGGACUUACCACAUCCGUCCACACUUACCUCUACCAACUACGAGUUCUUUGAAAACACCAACCCGUUGCAUACCGGUUCCCAAAUCUUCACGGAUGGAAGCAAGAUAGAGGGAAAAGUCGGCGCCGCCCUAAGUUGGUGGGAGGAUGGAAAAGAAAAACUGUCCGAGACUUUUGGUCUCCACCCGUCGUGCACGGUCUUCCAAUCGGAACUUUAUGCCCUUCACAGGGCAACAAGACUGGUGAGCUCUAGUACGGAUAACAAAGUGAACAUCUUGAGCGACUCGAGAUCAUCACUCGAUCUGCUCCGAAAUCCGAAACUGAGCCACCCCCUGGCAAGAAGCAUAAAGGAAAACAUUGCGAGGGUCGUGUGCGAGGGCAGGGAGAUAAAAAUGUUCUGGCUGAGGGCACACAUUGGAACUGCCGGGAACGAAAGAGCCGAUGAGCUCGCCAAAACGGCAGCUCUACAAAGCACCUCCCACGACUAUGACAAAGUCCCCCUGUCCUAUGUCAGGAAAAAGAUCAGAGAGGAAUCGGUCCGGAAAUGGCAAGACCGAUAUGCGACAUCCAGUACAGGAGCAGUCACGCGUAAAUUCUUACCGGAUGUCAACCAAGCUUACCGGAUUACGCGAAGUGCCAAACUGACCCCUGCUCACGUACAAAUGCUGACUGGACAUGGGGGGAUGGGAGAGUAUUUGUACAGAUUUAAACUCAAAGAAAGCCCAGAAUGUGAAUGCGACCCCAACAUCAUUGAAUCGGUCUGGCAUAUAAUUCUCGACUGCCCCCGUUUCCUUGCUGCAAGACAAGAUCUGGAGACAUUGAUAGACAGGAAUUUGGUGGAGUCAGAAUUAAAAGAUAUUCUGGCAGACACCAAGCAUAGACCUCAUUUUCUAUCUUAUUCAGAUCGUGUCUUCAGAGUAGCAGCCAGGAGAAACAGCACCAUACCCCGCCCCGACCCGCAAUCAAUACCAGUAUAUCAAGCCUCAGUCACAACCAUCACAGCACCACCACAAGCAACUCCUAAAGAAACAGCAACACAUCAGCUGUUGGAUUGUGGAGAAAAAGGAGAAGCUAGACUAAGACUCCGAAGCGUGGCUCUGUUCAUGGACGGAAGCAGUGAAAGACUCGGCAUCAGCUUCUGUAUCUCAGGGGCGCGAAAGAGCGUGGCCAUAUCACCCGGCCUAGCCUCUCUCCUAAAUGGGAGCACAUCGAAGGCUACCAUGAAGCGUAAAGCCUACGACGCAUUGCCAGUAACCCUAGUGGGAAAUCAGCCCUGCAGACUAGUGCGAUGGCGUAACAAGACCAUCGCACUAUUCGAGUGGGCCGACGACACCCCGUUCGUUCAGGCAUGCUCAUGGCUCAGUAAGCUUGGAGAGAUAGCGCUAGACAGUAACGUCCCCAGGAUAAUAAGCGUAGACGCAAUGGUGAUCGAGUAUAGGAAAGGCGAAAUUGUUGACCAGCUGGGUUGCCUAAAAGCCUCAAAACAUCAUGAAAUAGUGGUGUACGAGGACAGAGGCGAAGAUCUAAGCUUUCUCAAAGGUCAUAUACUUGCGAGGGGCAUUGACAACUGCCACCAACAAGCCGAAUACUUGGUCACCGGAUCUGAACGCCUACAGGAGAGGAUGACCGCUGGGGCUGUCGCCGCUUCAGAACAACGGAACAUGGAAAGGAGGAUGCACAAUUUAACAUCGCAAGGGCGUGUCCAAGGGUUCCUCCAGGCUUUUAAAGCAGCUGCCUCAAGCCUUAUAGGAAAACCACAGAGGACACCCGAGAGGCGCCAAAUCUCCAGAGAACCUAAAACUGGAAAAAGGCUUGCCCAGAGGAAAAUUACUCGAGCGGGCCAGGUGGUCCCACGGAAGCUGAAAACAGCUACCACCUCAAAAGACCAUCUAGAGAAUGCCGCCAUCGAAUUUAUGGCAAUUACAACCGCCACAAAGCAGUCUAAGGGCGGCCUGCCGGCCGGCCCCGGGCCGCCCUUCGCCGCCUGCCGCCCCGGGCUGUAG